CUUUGGACGUCCAGUCCGUCUCAACGUACUAUGCAACCCAGACCGAUCAAUAACGGGCUGCUCACUCAUAGCAAGAUGCUCAAUACACGAUUUCAAGAGUCUAGUCUUAUUAUCUAUAACAGUGGUUUUACAUGUACUGUAGCACGAGGAAGGGAUUGUUUGACCGGCAAUGAAGUUGCAAUUAAAUUGGUACAGAAGAAGAAGCUUGUUAGUGAUGCUGAAAUAGAGAGGGCACGGUGUGAGCUGAAGCAUCAUUCGAAGCUGCGUAAUGUAAACAUAGUACCUCUUAUAGCUUGUGAGGAAACACAAGAUGGAUUUCUAACAGUCACUCCUUAUGCGUCGGAUGGAGACCUUCAUGAAUUGACGCAUUGUACCACUUUGACUGAAGAAGCGGCAAGGAAUUGCAUUAGUCAAAUCGCCGCCGCGAUAACUUAUAUGCAUGAUGAGGAAAGGCUUGUCCAUGGUGAUAUUAAACCUCAUAAUAUGUUAUUACGAAAGAUCAAUGGGAAAUACAUGAUACAGCUAUGUGAUUUUGGCUUUACCGAGGACCUUAGACCGGCCACCAAUGAUGUCCUCUUUACUCAACUCAGAGGUACAUCAGGAUACUUUGCCCCCGAGCAACUGUUGGGUCGAAGUUAUGAUGGGAAAGUUGACGUAUUUGCCAUGGGUGUGAUUGCGUUCACCCUUAUUGGGGGUUACGAGCCAUUCUACCCUCCCGAUAAUAUGGUGGAAGCAGUAGAGUUCGAACCUCGAUAUUGGCGGGAUAUAAGCGACGAAGCCAAAGACUUUCUUACACGAUGCCUGAGUAUCGACCCUCAGCAACGAAUGACUGCCAAGGAGGCUCUUAAUCAUCCAUGGAUCACGAUGAACAUUCCAUCGGCACCGGCACGAGGUGAUUCUCUCGAUGAGACAAUGACUCCCCCGCCAGAUAGCAGCAUUGAAUUCUGGAAUGUCAAGGAUAUAAUCAAGAAAGACUCCGAAGCGAGCAUUGCUGAAACUAUGGCAGGAGGCAGAGUAUUGAAGAACGAAGGUUUCGUUCCGACCAUCAAUCACCGGACUGUUCUGCUCACCUGUGGUGACGGCGCUGCUGGACCACGAAAUGGAUCCUAGCCGCUAUUUUAAGACAGCCUCUAUCCUCUUUGCAUAGUUUUUGUAUCAACUUCGGGCAUGAUCGUCGCUGCAAGUCCUAUGCUGAUAGUUUUAUCCUCCUCACCCUACUAAACCGUCAAUAUUCUACCUACUGCUGUCGACUGACCGUCAGGUUCAGCAGGAGCUGUAAUUCUGUGUAUUCUAGCGAUGACAAAAUCGGACGAUAUUAAGACCCGGAGCCAUGAAUCCAACCUCAACGAUUCCUGA